AUGUUCAAGACAUCUUAUACCUUGUAUGAUUUAAACUAUCCAACAAAUAGUUCACUGACGCCAAUAAGAGACUACAAAAAUGAUUAUUUCCAUAAAAACGAUAAUAAACUACCGGAGAUAGUGAGAAAACCCACUAGAAUGUUAUCGAAGCACGAAGGCAAAGUUAAUGACAAGAAAUCUACAAACAAAAGACCAGCAAGUCUUGACUUACAUUCCAUAGUGAAUAGUUUAAACAGCAAAAGAAUAUAUUCUCCUAUCAACACAGAAAAAUUUCAAAGCGUGGUCAGGCUGGAUUCAAGCCCCCACGUCCCCACUUCCGCAUAUGGAGGAUGUAAAUUUUAUAAAGUUGUUCAGAAGUUGUAUCUUUCUGAGAUCGAUUACUACAAUGUUUUAUUAACUGCCAAUAACGUAUACAGAAAAGCAUUAAAUGACGACCUAAGAUUCAAGAACAAGCUAAUAAAGUCUGACUCAAGUGAUGAGUUGUUGCUUUUUGGGAAUAUUGAUACUAUUGCUUCGAUUAGCAAGAUAUUUGUAUCAGCAAUAAAUGACAUGCUUUUGGUCAACCAACGUGGGAAAACUUUAGACGCAAAUGAUUGGGAAAAAAUAACCACUGAUGCUGAGACCCAACAGCAGUUAUAUUCAGUUUUUGAUAUUUCAGAGGCGUUUGAACAACAUUUAUUAAGGACCAGGUCAACUUAUAUGAGUUAUUUUGUUAGCCAUCAAAAACAAAUGGAACUAUUUACUUCAUUGAGGGCUAAUAAAAGCCAUGUCUUCAACAUGUGGUACGAACAUUGUUUAAAGGAAAGUGGUUGCUUGAAACUAGAGGACAUAUUGGAAAGCCCAAUGAAAAGGCUAAUUGAAUGGAUUGAUACGUUGGAAACAUUACAGAGCUGUUUUGAAGAUGUAAUUUCGUUAAAAUUGGGCUCGAAAUUAAGUCAAGCUAGAAGAAAAUACUCGGUAUUUGCUAAUAAGUUGGAUACAGAGGUUUCGGAAUACAAAAGCAACUCCAUGUAUAACUUCAGUUUAACCCCGUCAGAGAUUAUACAAAGUUAUGAUGAAGACCCGUUUUCGCAUCUUUUAAAGCCUCCAGACAACCAAAAUAAAAGGAAAAGUUAUGCUUCUCGACACGGGAGUGAUCCCAAUAAAAGCAGGGUCCCUUCUCUACUUUCUGGUUCAUCAAGCUUUUAUUCGGAAGUUUCGGGUUUAGAGACUGUUAGUGAUACCUCUAGUAUGCCAUUUGGAACUGCUCCGUUAGAAAUGGAUGAAGAAGAAGAGUUUUAUACUCUGGCAGAUCAUAUUAGCAAAUUCAAAAAAGUAUCAAAACAUUUGUCAGACUUGCAAAAGCAUUUAUUAAAAAACAGUUUUUCAGACAUUAUUGAUUCCAGUUUACAGAGAAUAAGUGCUUGGAAAAAGGUAAUCGAAUGUGAGGCACCUUUCGGUGCAUUUUUCGAACACGAUAAUCUAAUAUCGACCAUGUGUUCGUCAUACAUAGAUAAACUACAUGAACAGAAAAACCAAGUAACAAUCCUAAAACUGACAGAAUUGGAAACUGAUGUAAUGAUUCCACUCGCAAAAAUCAUAGCCAACUGUGAUACCGUCAGGAGUAAACUAAAGGAUUUACAAGCUUUGAAAAAAGAUUACAUGCUAUUUUUACAAGAAAAAAAGGCUAAUGUACGAGAUGUGAAACGUGAUUUGUUGGGAAUGCAUUUCCAAAACUUGCAAAAUCAAAUGAAAAGGGAACUUCCAGUUUUCAUUACUUUAAUCCAUAAUACGGUUGAAUGUAUCUUACUGAACUAUAACAAAGUUUUUUUAAAAUAUCUAGAAAUAAUCGCUGGUGGAAAAAAAUAUCUGCAAAAGGAUCUACAAAACAAGGCUCUCAAUGAUUCUACAGAGACAGGUCUAGUCAAUAAUCUUGACAUCCUACAAUGCUACUCUAAAUCACGGUACAUGACAAAACGCAUGGUAAGAAAAGACUGGCCCUUCCUUGGAGAUCCUAGUGGAAGCCGUGUCAUUCGAAAACUAUUUGAACUUUGA